AAUAUCUGUCUCGUUGUUGUCUGUACUCAGCUCAGAUAUGGAGGACAACAUAGACGUGGAAGCUGGAGAAAAUCCAUUUCAACCUUAUUUAGACGCUCUACGGAAGGAAUUAGAACACCAAGACCCCAUAUUUAUUAUCGGAAUUAUAGUUUCUUUGGCUGUUGUUGUCAUCAGUUUUGUGUUGUUUAAGUACUUCCUGAGCAGCAAAACUGUCCAAAGUGCUGUGCUGCUGGUUGGUCUCUGCGAUUCUGGAAAGACCCUUCUCUUUAGUCGAUUGUUGUCAGGAAAGUUCAAYAAGACCCAGACCUCCAUCACAGACAACAGUGCCCCCUACAAAGCCAAGAACGAGAAGGGCAGCAGCUGGACCCUGAUCGACGUCCCUGGACAUGACAGUCUUCGUCCUCAGUAUGUGGAGAAGUUCAAAUCAGCAGCCAGGGCCAUAGUCUUUGUGGUGGACAGUGCCAUCUUCCAGAAAGAAGUGCGAGACGUGGCUGAGUUCCUGUACUUCCUGUUGACUGACAGUGCAGUGUCCAGGAAUGUCCCCUCUUUGAUAGUGGCCUGCAACAAGCAAGAUAUCACCAUGGCAAAAUCUGCUAAGCUGAUUCAGCAGCAGCUGGAGAAAGAGAUGAACACAUUGAGAGUGACACGGUCUGCGGCUCUGGGCACCCAGGACGGGUCAGCGGGGUCCAGCGUGCACCUGGGGAAGAAGGGCAAGGACUUUGAGUUCAGCCAGCUGCCCAUGAAGGUGGAGUUCCUGGAGUGCAGUGCCCGCGGCAGCAAAGGGGAGAACGGGCAGGCAGACAUCGGCAGCCUUGAGAAGAGCCUGGCCAACCUGUGAGAUGGCUGGGUCUCGUUAUUGACCAUCUGGUUCCCAUAUAGGUCACUACUUUGGCCAAGAGCCCUUUGCUUAGGUGCGUUAUUCUGAAUGGGCUGUCUUAGGAUAUUUUCCCGACGACUCUCAGCAUAUCAGGUGUGUCUCUAAAGUCUCUUCAGGACUCCAGACUCAAAUCACUAUACUAUGAUGAAGUGAAUAACUUCUUGUGCUGCAAUCACAAGGUCAGCAGUGGCACGUGAUGUAGUGAAUGCCAAUUUGUAAAAA